UUAUUGAAAAUUUGAUCCGUUGAUAUUCUGACGCCAUUUGUCAAUCUAAAAAUCGAUUGUCGAUUAUCAAAUCUAUUCCAAACUUGAAGCUGCCGAUCUGCUACUAUGUUAGUCAUGUAACUUGCGAACACCAGUUAAUGCAACGGACACGUUAAUGCACGUUGUACACCGAUAAUUCUUAAAAUUGUGGAAUGAUAUGGCACCCCGUAAAGCUGCAAAACAUUCAGAUACAGAGGUUGUAGACAGAGCAGCGGAAGCCGGCGAUGUGUCGCCUCCGAAAAGAAGAAAAGCCGUUGCAAAGAGUGUGAAUAAAAACGAUGAAGAGAGGCAAAUUAGACUGCCAAGAGCUGCAAAAUCUACGAAAAUCGAGCAAAUAGAAACCACAGAUACGAAUUCAACCACAACUAAAAACACAAAAACAAAAACUAAGAUAUCAUCGAUUGCUAAAAAUGCUUCGACAUCUACAAAAACGAACUCUAAAGUCAAGUCUAUGGUAAAGAAAAGUAAAGAAAUAGAAGAAAAACUUAAUGCAAGUCCUGUGAAUAUAGAUAUUGCAAAAAAUACUGAAGAAACUGAAAUAAAAAAGACACGUACCAAAGCUACGAUAAAAAAGGCGGGAAUAGAUGUGGAUGAAGAAUCUAAGGGAAGAUCAAAGGGAAAAGCUAAAAAAGAAGUUGUCAAUGAAAAUAUUGAAAAUUUAGAAGCACCAACUGUUAAAAAAAAGUCUGCAAAUAUUGAAAUAGUAUCAAAGGAUAGUAAUCCUAAAGCAAAAAUAAUAAAGAAACAAACUAAUAUAGAUACUGAAAUAAAAGGUAAAGGUGCUAAUAAAGGUAGUAAUAGAAGUAAAACUGCUAUUAAUAAUGAGACUGAAAAUAAUGAUAAAACUGAAGAAUCUAUAGUAUCUAUAAAGACAAAUAAAAAAUCAGUUGAUGAUAAAUCUACAAAAAUUACAGUAGCAAGAAAAAAAAGAGGCCGUAAAAAUGAAAUUAAUGCUGAAAAUAUCUCAAAAGAUGAUGGAGAAUCAAAAGCAAUAGAAGAAUCAUCUUCAGAAUUAAUACAAACUAGUGAUAAUGAAAAUCAAGAAAUUCAAAAUAAUCAAUCAGAAGAAACAGAAUCAAUUCAAACCACUAAAAAGGGAAGAAAUGUAAAGAAAAAAGAAACAUUAUCAAAGAAAGUUACUAAAAUGCGUGGUAAAACUGCUAAUCGUAAUACUGAUGCUGGUUCUAAUGAAGAUGAUACUGAUGUAACAAAAGCAAUUAAAGAAAUACAAAAGAAAACAAAUAAAGAAUUUAUAUCUUCAAUAGCUACUACAAAAAGAGGACGAGGAAAAACCUCGGAAAAUAAUUCGUCAGAAAUAUUAACUAGUAAUAACAAUGUGCAAAAAUCAUCAGAAGAAGAUAUUGAUAAAAAGCUGGAUUCAGAAAAAGAAGAAACAAACAAAAUGUACAUUAAAAUGUCAGGAAUACCUAAAAAGACAGAUGAAACACUUGUGAUUAAGAAUCAAAUAAAUGAAAAUAAUGUAAUAAGUACAUCGGUACAUGAAGAAGAAAUUUAAUGCUGUAUGUUCUAUUUUUUUUUGACAUGUUUCUUGAAAAAAAUAUAUCAUUAAUAUUUUAAUAUAUUUGAUAAAGAUAAAAAUAUCUAUGAGUAUUUCUGUGUUUAGGAAUACUAAAGAAAUAUAUGUUUUAAAACUUCAAUAAUACAUUUUGGUUAAAUAUGUAAACAA